AUGGCAUCAGAUCACGACACGGACGGGUACUCAACCCCGGAUGAAGAUGCUACAUUUUAUGAUGACAUGCGGCCGAGCCGUAUCCCAGGAGUGGGCAGCACCCGUCGCCAUUUUUUCGGCGAUGAUGUCGUGGUGGUAUCAUCUUCGUCGCCCUCUGAAGCUUCAGUGCACGCCAUUGAAGUUGAGUCCGUUGGUGACGAUGCUGAUCUACUAUCGCCCCAGGCUCCAUCAAUGACGCGCAGCGCCCACAGUUCGUCUGCGGAAUCGAUGGACCUUGUGCCGUCACGACGCACCUCUAUGGGCAAUGCCAUCGGUUCGGAGAGCGUUGCCAGGGAAAGCAGAGUUUUGGACAGUGCUACUACGUUGGGCACCUCCGUAAUAGACGUUGGAGGCCGUGAAAGCUUCGCCAGCGCCACUAGCGUCCAGCGUGACACGGCAUCCCGUGGCAGUAUCGCCGGCCGAUCAGACCGUCAACCAAGAGUCAGCGUUGUUGGCAGACCCAUUGACGUGGGUGCUAGCAGUGUGCGCGAGUCAAUACACAGCGGUCGCAAUACUGGAGGUGGGUCGACUAGCAGUUCCAGCAGGCUCUUUCCCGCGGACUCACGGCCGUCAACCUCGGCUCCUGCAUAUUCACAACCUGAUAUGAGCGAUGCCGUUACAGCGAGCCUUCUUGCCGAAGCCCGCGCGGCUCCAGUACCGAAGCGCCCCCCGAUCAAACCCGUGGCGGUGCUCUCACCCGCAAGGAUUAUCGCCGAAUUCAAGCGUGGCUCCAUGAGCAAGCAGCAGGCCGUGGAAUCGCUGAUUCGCUACCGCAUGAACAAGAUGCUCCAUAAAAACUCCGAUCGCAUGUAUGUGGACAAGGAUGGGGACGUCCGUUUCGUGAAGGGCUACGACUUUGGGAAGUCACGUGACACCCGUGGGCGAGUGAUUCGCCGCAACGGCCUGACGCGUAUCGAACGCGAGAUCCUGGCGUACCAGAAAAGCACGCACCUGCUGAUACCGCGUGCCGUCUUCGCGAGGAUAGUGCGUGACAUCGCGCAAACCUGGUGGCGCGGUCCCGAACCCGUAAAAUUCACCGUGGAGGCUCUGACCGCUCUCCAGGCUGCCACUGAAGAUGAAAUCACCCGCCUUCUCGAAAUAUCGACCGCAUGUUCGUAUCACGCGAAGCGCAUCACCCUGCGCAUAGACGACAUGCGCCUGGCACGCUUCUGCCGUGGCCGGCAGGAGUAUGAGUUCUUCAACAUAAAGAACUAA